CUUAUCAGUUAUUUCUCUCAGUGACUACUACUUACUCAUGUCUAUGCAGCGCGCAGGGAAGUGGCACUGCACCUAGGAGAUCCUCCAAGAAAGGUCGAAAAGAAUAAUGCUUUGUCCUCGCUCGUCCCUCCGCCGAUGUCUGCUUGAGCACCAUGUUCAAAUCGACCCGCAGCAGCAGCAGCAGCAGCAGUCGGUGUGAUGUGGCUUUACUCGGGCGCAUCAAAACGCUCCGCUAACCCCAAAUCCUCGUCAUCCCGUCAUCAUCGUACGCCGUCCUCGUCGUCGUCGUCGUCGAAUACUCCUCCCCCGCGACAGACGUCCCCCAGCUCCGCGCUCGCCGAGGUCCUAAGAAAGAAUCCCUUCCGAUCAGGCUCCAAGGAGUCCCUGCCCGCCGACAGCCCCGGAGAUGAGGAUCCCUCGGUGCCCUUGAACAAGGACCUGCGGGUGCUCGCCGACUUCUUCCCGGACGUCAAGGUCGAAGUCCUCCGCGAACUGCUCCUCCGGUUCGACGGCGACAGCAGACUCCCGAUAGCCACGGAGCAGCUCUACAAAUACAAGGCAGAAUGGGCUAAGGGCCGAUUGAAUGUGCCGCCGAGGAGUUUGGACGAGCCGCUCCCGCCGGACGAACUUUUCAGGACGAAGGAAUACAAGGAUGCGGUUAGACGGACGGUUGGACGCGAAUUCAGCGCGCUGGGCAAGAGUGCCGUCGACGCUGUCCUCGCCGAAGUCAACUUCUCGUACACGAGCGCGAGGCCGACUCUCCAAGAAUUGACGAGCAGGUCAUGGAAAGCCACGCUUGCGAAUCUCCUCAAGAAGAAGCGAUCUCAGGCUGAACCCCCCUCUAUGCUUCUGGAUAGAACAAAGGCGGAUCCCGGAGGGCCCCGAUUGAUCACAACAGGUUCUCGGGACCUUGACAGGGAGUUAUCAAGUCUGUUCUCCUUGCCCGCGCAGUCGUCUCGAAGACCGAGAGACCAGGAAGCCUCAGACUUGGAACUCGCUCAAGCCCUCAAUCAAAAAGAGGCCGAAGAGGCAGGGGCCCUCUUUGAAUGUCAGGUCUGUUACAACGAUGUCACGUUUGAGGACGCCUCAUUCUGCACACAGUCCAACCAUAUCAUUUGUCUGGACUGCGUUCGGCAUACCCUCCAUGAGGCCCUUUUCGGGCAAGGGUGGGCCAAAUCCAUUGACGUCGAGCGCGGUACCUUGAGAUGCUUGGCCGCAGAUGAUUGUGACGGCCAUAUCCAUCAGGACCUUCUCAUACGAGCCCUCCGCCGCUCCGACAAGUCCAGCGCCGAGACAUGGAAAAAGUUUGAAGACCGCCUGGCCGAACAUAACCUCCAGCACUCUGCUUUACCACUCGUCCGCUGCCCCUACUGCUCUUAUGCCGAAGUCGAACAGAUCUACGAUCCGGACACGGUGACGUCUACUAUCACAUGGCAUGUUCGCAAACCCACCACGAGCGUCCACACCAUCUUAUGCAUCCUCCUUCUCGAGCUCCUCCCGGCCACCAUUGUCCUUCUCUUACCUUUCUUCCUCAUCUUCCCUCACUACUUCAUCACACUCUUCUACACGUCGCUCGCACACCUAGCCGUGAAAACUAGUACCACGCGCUUUCAAUGUCGGAAUCCCUCGUGCCUGCGGAAGUCCUGUCUGAAAUGUCAAAAGGCAUGGCACGACCCGCACGUCUGCCACGAGCCUUUGAUACUUUCACUCCGCACGACCGUCGAAGCAGCCCGCACCGCAGCCAUCAAGAGGACAUGUCCACGCUGCGGAACGUCCUUUGUCAAAACCUCAGGUUGCAACAAACUCACCUGCGUGUGCGGGUACAGCAUGUGCUACCUCUGCCGCAAAAACAUCGGCAAGGCCGGCGCGAACAAUGAAGGCGGGGAAGGUUACCGGCACUUUUGCGAACACUUCCGCCCUAUUCCAGGCCAGAAAUGCCAAGAGUGUGACAAGUGCGAUCUGUACCGCGCAGAAGACGAAGACCUUAUGGUCCGGAGGGCGGGUGAGGAGGCCGAGAGAGUCUGGAGAGAGAAGGAAGGCAUGGUCGGGGUUAAAGGCCUGGAGGAUGCCGUGGGUAACGUCGCCGGGGAGGAUACUGUUUGGAAGAGGUUCAACGAAGGCAGGUGGACGGUGCAAGGGGUAUUAGAUUGGGUUGUAGAGAGGGCAGUCGUCGUCGCGGUUGAAUGAAUUGCCUCAUAGGAUACAUAUUCAUGAUAGAAAGUCAUGUUGUUGCCUCCAGCCCUCAGGGCAAGGAGUCGAGAUCAAGCCUGCAUCUCCGUCGGUAUCAGCACAGUUCGCCCUGCCUCGAUUAGGGCUAGUGAGGCGGGUGAUACUGAGGCGCACGUCCCUUGAUCAGACAAUCCCAACGCUUGCUCCCCU